AUGGUGGCAUCGGUCCAUGACAAUGUCUCCAUCGUCCCACCGAAACCCAGCUUUGACAUCAAUACCUACAGCCCAUUCCCGCAGCCGGUUAUUCAAUUGUGGGAAAAGAUCAUUUCCGAAGAGCGAAGCAUGGAAGAAUUCAGGGAAAAAGAUUGGCCUGUCUACACGGGCUCAGAGAGCCAUGAUCUCUCGCCGAUCAUCCUCUCCUCUCGAAGCACAAGCCUCGCCCAGCCGUCCCCUUCUCGUACACGACCUCGCCCAGUGAACCAGCAGAAAACCAGAUCUCGUAAACGAGUGGCCGCGAACCGGGAUAUCACGAGGAUUUAUAUGUCUGAUGAGAGCGACCAUGAGGAUCAUGUCUCCCCUGCAGCGGCUGCUGUGGCAGGCUCCCCUCGCAACGAGUCGAGUGAUGGCCAAGAGAACAGACAUCGAGUCAGUCACCUCAAACUACCGAAGACGAAAAAGAAACGGCGGCCCCUAGACGACAAUGUGCAACCAAAAGUUCAACAAGAUAGUGACCUGGAGGAGGAAGACACCAUAUUUUCUCCGUUAGAGUCAUCAAAGCGAGACGACUUGAUCCGAUACAUCGGGCUGCAUCCUCUUUUGACAUCCGCACAACCCAUGAAGCAAUCCGCCUGGCGAAGAUACUUGGACGACGUACGCACCAAGGCUGCAUCGGUCGGACUGUCCAAGCUCCUGACCAAUCGCUUGGUUCGCUAUGUCCAAAGGAAUUACCUCGAGACGCCGGAUGGCUAUGACGCGGCCCCGUCAGAGCCAGAUUCUACCGUUUGCGAUGAACAGAUCGCAAGUAGUGUAUCCAAGGCGAAAAUCGAAACACACCCUCGCAAAAGAUCUCGACAAAGUUCUGAACACCCCAGGGCCAAGAAGGCCAAAACGCAGAUUGCCUCUCCGGCUACCAGAGCUACUCCAGACAGCGCGAUUGAAAGUGUUCCAUUACCGAUGAUGCUUCGGCCGUUGGAGUUCCUCUUGUCGACGAUACUCCUACUUUUGUUCGACGAUACUCCUACUUUUGUCGACCUUACUCCCGUCAAUGAUACUCCUACUGCCACAGACUCCCCUACUUUUGAAGAUGCUCCUACUACUGUUCAUGUUCCUUCUGCUGACGAUGCUCCUACUCUUGUCGAUCUUACUCCGGUCGCUGAUGCCUCUACCGUUGAGGAUAUGCCUUUUGUUGACGAGGCUUCCACUCUUGAUGACGCUCUUACAGUGGAUGAUAGGCCUUCUGUUGCUGACGCUCUUACAGUUGAUGAGAUGGCCUCUGUUGCCGAUGCUUCCAUUGUUGAUGAUUCUCCUAUUGAUGAUACCCCUGCUGUUGAUGAUUCUGCUGCCGUGGGCAAUACUCGUAUUGUUGAGAACGCUUCGGGAUCUCGGAAGAACAAGUCUCGCAAAAACAGGCAUGCUGAGCAGUCUCCACUAGCAGCCCAAAUUAGGGGUUGUACAUUAAGUACUGAUGCUGAAAUUACUCGAGAAAUGUCGCCUCCGCAACUCAAGUCCCAAAUAACCAACGACCAGCCGGUCGCGAUGUCCAAAAAGCAAAAGAAGAAACAAAAGAAACGGGAAUCGCAAAUUCAACAGGCGAUCGAUGUGCCUAGAACCACCCACAGCAUGCUGACCGAUCCAUCCUCAAAGAAGGUGAUCCGCCGCCGGAGCUUGGUCUCAUCUGCGCCGUCUGCCGACUCAAAGCGGAAGAAGGGCAAAAAGCAGAGAGAGAAGGAUCGGAAGCGAAGAAAGUUUGAGCAAGAGCAGGCCAAUGCAAGUGUGGAUACGCACAAGGAAAAGGACAAGCACCAGCCCAUGGAUGUGGCAAAGCCUUCGGAGAUGUCUCCAUCACUUCCUCAUACCCCCAAGCGACAACAUAAGCACCACAACACGAACGUGGUAAAGCCUGUGGAGAUGUCCCCACCACGUCCCCAUACCCCCCCUGCCACGGAUUCGCCCAGCUCACGAUCAAUCGCAAAUGUCACCCCCGAGCAGUGCUCGCAAGUCCCCGUUUGCAGCCCUAUCGCCCGAUCCCGCAAAAUGGGACAUGGAUUUUUGAUCUCCAAUGAUUCGCCGUCGAUGACCCCGAGCGAUGAGGUGAAGUCCAAAUAUUUCCAACCGAAAGCAGAACGUCAUCCCCAGCAGGCUACAAUCUCCGAAAUGCAUGAACAGACGAUUCCCGAAGCGACUCGAAAAAUUCUAGCAGAGUUGAAUCUGCCACUUGCCUUUUUGUCUUCGGAUUCUUCAUUGAGCGAUUUAGAAAGCGAUGAUGAAUCCGAUGGUUUUGGUUUACAACCACUCGCCGACGUGGGGACCUGCGAAAACAUGAAUUUCUCACCCCCCUCACCUCAUGUCAAACCCCACGACUCCGACGAAACCCAAUUGCCUACUGCUACAACCCGAAACCAGUUCUCUACUACUUCCGCCUGA